AUCUUUGCUUUGGGUUGGAACUUUUAGUUUUCCUUAAUAUGUAAGGAAGUAAUAUUCCUCAUUAAGCUAGGAAAAAGAGUUUCGUGACUGUUACUUCUAUUUAAGAAAUGGGAAGCUUCAAGAAUUAUAUGUACUUUAUCAUGUUACCUGGUUUGAAGAGUCAUCCUACGUUAUACUUCUUUAAUCUAUCAACAAUCAUUUUGAGAAAGAUAAUUUCUUAGGCAUUACAUAUCUGGUGAAAAUUUUCUGAAUAUGAAAGAAGGCCUUAAAGAACCUGCUUUGAUUGACUUUCCUCUUUGAAUUCUUCAUGUGAAAGACCCUUUUUAGUCUCUGUGUGGGCCUGCUUUAACCCGUGAUUAUUAUCUACUAUUUUGUCUAGAUCCUACAGACUAAAUUGUGGUGGUCAUUAUUCCUAUAACGUUCAGAAUUCACAAGCUAUUUAUAUCAGGGGCUUAUUCCUUUAAUGGAUUUAUGUUCACCUUAAUACUCUCCUGUGAUUUGUAGUUAAACAUUGUUUUUCUUCCCUAGAAAAUGUAUUGCCGAAAAAUGUUUGAAGCUUGCAUCAAACUGAUAUCAAAGACCUGCAAGACUGAUCAUAAUGUGAAGAAUAGAGUAGGAAAGUAUGAGCUUGUUAGAACAAUAGGUCAGGGUGCUUUUGCUAAAGUCAAGCUUGCUAGAAACAUGGAAACAGGAAAGCUUGUGGCCAUCAAGGUCAUAGAAAAAGCUAAGGUGGUCAAUGGAAGGAAAGCAGACCAAAUCAAGAGAGAAAUUUCAAUAAUGAAAUUAGUGAAGCAUCCAAAUGUGGUGGAACUGUAUGAAGUAAUGGCUAGCAAGUCAAGAAUAUAUCUAGUCAUGGAGUAUCUACAGGGAGGAGAUCUCUCAGAGCUAAUUGCUUACCAAACAAAGCUAGAGGAGGAAGAAGCCAGAGCCUAUUUUCAUCAAUUGGUUUUGGGUCUAGAUUUUUGUCAGAGUCGUGGAGUCUGCCAUAGAGACCUAAAGCCUCAAAAUCUCUUGCUUGAUGGCCAUGGUAAUCUUAAGAUUGCAGACUUUGGCUUGAGUGCACUGCCUGAUCAAGCAAGGCAAGAUGGGCUCCUCCAUACUGCCUGUGGUACCCCUACUUAUGCAGCCCCGGAGCUAAUAUCCAACAGGGGAUAUGAUGGAACCAAGGCAGACCUGUGGUCAUGUGGAGUCAUUUUGUUCUUUCUCUUAGCAGGCUAUUUGCCAUUCAGUAAUUUCAAUCACAGCAAGCUGCACAUUAAUAGCUUCAGGUUCAAAUGCCCUUCAUGGUUCUCUUCAAAUGUGAAAGAUGUACUUCAUAGAUUGUUGGAACCAGAUCCCAAUAGAAGAAUGACCAUGCAAGAGCUCAAGGAGUGUGACUGGUUCAAAAACGGCACACCCCCACAUCUGAAGGAGUGCAAUAUUUUGAAUAUAGAUGACAGUGAAAUGGAAAUGCAAAAUCAGGGUGCAGCUUUUGAUGAUGAAGAUCAACUACAAUUGAGGGAGAAGCAACCUAAUCCUGCAAUGCUGAAUGCUUUUGAGCUUAUAUCAAUGUGCCCUGGAUUGAAUCUGUCUGGAUUAUUCCAGGAAGGAAAAGAACUGAAACAUCAAGGGUCAAGGUUUACAUCAAAAUUCUCUGCCUCAGACAUCAUUUCAAGACUUGAGGAGAUUUCAAAAAGCUUGGGCUUGAAGAUGAAGAGGACACAAUGCAGGAUACAGAUGCAAGGGUCUAAGAUAGCUAUUGUUGCACAAGUGUUCCAAGUUGCACCUUCCCUACUGUUGGUUGAGCUUAGCAAGGUUGGAGGAGAUGAAUUGGAGUAUGAAAAGUUUUAUCAUCAGAAGCUUAGAUCAACUUUGGGUGAGGUUGUCUGGGCAUGGACAAACUUCUAGUUAUAAUGGAAGUCCUCUGUGACUUGUAAAUUCAUCCCUUUAUAACAUUCUAGAAUUCAACUCUUCAUUACAGUAUUGGUCCUUUGAUGAGAUUGUACAAUUCAAUUGUUCACUUGUAAUGAGAAAAACUUUGCCUGCA